AUGAGAAGAAGACGCUUCCUAGUACUCUUGAGGCCUGAAAAACAAAAUCGUCUGCAAAGAGGUAGAAAUAAAGGACAAAAAACUGGAACUGCUAUCAAAUUGAAUAACGAAAAAUCCAAAUUGAAAAAGGAUCGUUGCCCCGAGAGUAGAAACUUUCUUUGUUUGCAACGUGACGGUCUUUCAAAGAAGAUAGGUCAGCAACAUAAAGAAGGUAAAUCAGACAAGUAUCUUCUAGUUCUUUUCGGAACAAGAGCAAAUUUCGCCAUGUCCGAGGAACCUCGCCUUCUUCAAGGGUCGGGCCGCAUGAUUACGACGAACGGGAACGGAAUGCUUCCGUUCGUCAGUCGCAAAUACAGUGUCUUUGAGGACGACUCUGAUGGGGACGAAGCUGACACCGAUGUCGGCCGUCGCGACUACGUUGUAACGGAGGAGUGCAACGUCUUUCAUUAUGUGCGCUCUGCGCCAGCGCGACCGUCGAAGUUGGUGCCCUUAUACGCGCACAAGGGGAAAAAAUUGAAGAUGGUGCUGCCAGAAGGAACACUGAUCAACUCCACGCGACGCAGAGUGUUUAAGGGCGAAACGUACUUUUCCAUGAUCGUGAUGGGCGGAGUGUUUAUUAAUCCCCUUGCUGAUUUCAUUGAGUCAAUGUUUUUGCUGUAACUGAAAAACAGAUACGUCGAUACUGGUAGUGGUAGUGUGUUAAUUUGCUAACUGUAUGUACAUGAACAAUUAUAGGUACGUGGAUACCGGUCGAGAGGAUGGCGAGUGGGUUCCUGAAGUCGAACUGCAGCCAGUGCAAUUGGUACACGGUGUCUGGCGUUUUCGUGUCGUCUUUACGAAAGGCGUGUGCCGGCGUUAUCGGCCUACAAUGCUCAAGGACCUUGCGGAACCUGGCGCAGCCUCUGUUUUACCGAUGGACGCCGUUGUAGAUGUCGUGACGAAGUUUCGUCACGGACCUGUGACCUACCUUCGAGUGGCUGAUGCGUGUGUCGGGGGACGUUUCGGCGGCUGGAUAUUCGACCGGCUGCUGGCUAAGGACGGAAUUACACCGGGCGAGACUGUUUGCGAACCGAUGGAGAUGAAUUAAAGAGGGGCUUCGGCUCUGUGAUUCCACUGGUGAUGGCUCACACUGUCGUUGUUGUCAUUGAUCACAGUGUAAGAUCGAAGUGGUCAGAUGGGUAAACAUAGCUCGGUGCAUCUGAGAAUAAAGUUAAGAAGAAGUGUUUUUGGUUUGACUAGAAGAUGAGACUACUUUUUCGUCGGCGUGAUUUUUUCUCACCUGGUAGCACACGCCUCAGAAAUAAGCAGUACCUACCGAGUAGUAAAUAGCUCUUUUACCUUUUUGGCAUGUGAAGUGUCAUAAAUUCGAUUCAGUUAUCGUCUACCUAGUAUUUGUAAAGACUUGAAAACGACAGGAGGUAACCUACCACGAUUGUAAACAGAUGCAGCUAUAUACAGGUUUCGACCAAUCUCAUCAGUAAUGUCAUUUUUUGGAUCUUUCUAAACACAGAAAGCUCAUUUACAUAAUGACCUCAUGCCAUAGCACUACGAAGUUCGGACUCAUUUGAACUGCAUUGUCGCGACAGAAUGUUUGAUAAUUUCAAUCAUAGUGAGUGAGUAUAGAUUGAAGCCUGUAGGCAGUGCCCCCAAGCUCCUAUGAAGAACACUAGUCGUCCUGAAGGAGGCCGAAAUUUGAAUUUCCACAGGCGGAAACGCUACUCUUUCUUUCAAC